AUGUCCCUCUGCGGUUCUGGAACACAACGGCGCACAACGGCCGAGGAAGAGGCAGAUGGGCGGCAGAUUCUACAGAAUAUCCUCGAUAAAAAGUAUAAUGACUGGCCCAACGAAGCUGGAUUUGUCGGGCUGACCGAGCACCACGGGCCGGUGAAGCUGCGGGUCCACGGGACGAUCCCCUCGUAUGCUGCGGGCGCGCUGUACCGCACCGGACCCGGCAUGGGUGAAAUUGAGACGGCGGAGCGCGGCACUCAUCACGUAUCGCACUGGUUCGACGGCUUCGCGCACACGCACCGGUUCGACAUUGCGGCGGCGGAUCCCGACGGCGACGGCGCCACGGCAACGGUGACGUACUCGUCGCGUCGGCAGGGGCAGGAGUACAUUGACAAGAUUAGAAAGAAAGGUUGGCGCGCGGGCAUCACCUUUGCGCAGCGCAGCGACCCGUGCGUCGGGCUAUUUGCCAAGGUGGCGAGCCGCUUUGAGAAGGAGGUUAAUAACAACGUCGCGGUGCUACGCAACGUGCCCGGCCUGGACAAGGACAAGGUGCCGACGCCGGCGGCGGGCCAUUCCGUCGUCACGACGGGUAACAUUGCCAUAUCGACGGACAAGUCGGUCCUUCAGGUCCUCGACGAGGACACGCUCGAGGCGGUCGACAACGGCACGCAAGCGGAGCGCUUCCACCCAGACCUCAGGGGGGCGCUGUCCAUAUCGCACGCACAGCGCGACGAGGCGACGGGCGACUUGUUCAACGUGAACCUCGAGUUUGGCCGCGUCCCAAAGUACCGCUUCUUCCGCGUCAACGCCGCGUCGGGCACGACCGACAUCCUGGCGACCGUGGCGGCGAGGGACAUCUGCGCGGCGUACAUUCACAGCUUCUUCCUGACGGAGAACCACGUGGUGCUGUGCGUGCCGUCGUCGCACUUUGCGUGGUUCGGCGCCAAGAUCUUCUGGGAGGGCAACGUGCUCGACGCGAUCAAGCCGUUUCACAGGGCAGCGGCGACGCCGCCGUGCCAGUGGGUUGUCGUCGACCGGCGACGCGGCCGCCGCCGCGGCGUGGUGGCGCGGUUCGCUACGCCCGCAGGCUUCUUCUUCCACUCGAUCAAUGCGUUUGAGGAGACGGUUAAGGACAAGGAAGAGCAGGGCGCGACACGGACGUACCUCAACCUCGACUACAUUCACUAUGAGACGACGGCGCCGCUGUACGCCAUGUACUACGACGUGAUUCUGCGGCGCAACGGUGCCGCCGACGCGUUCUGGAGAGACCGGGCGACUGCCGAGGCGAUGAGGCCGCGGUUUGUUCGUCGGCGCUUCGCCCUCCCAGCGGACAGUGAGCCGCAGAUAUCCGCCGCCGCCGCUGCUGCUGCUGCCACGGCGCCCGAGGUGCUCUCGAUCCCGGCGCCGCACAUUGGCGAAUUGCCAACCAUUAACCCGGCGUUCGCGUGCAAGCCGUACCGCUACGUGUACAGCGUGCCGAGCCGCGGCCUCAGCACGGCGAUUGGCGAGUGUCUGGCCAAGACGGACCUGGUGACGCGCGACGCGCUCAUCUGGAGCGGACUAAAGGGCCACACGCCGGGCGAGGGCAUCUUUGUGGCGCGGCCGGGCGCGGUGGACGAGGACGACGGCGUGCUGCUGAGCGUGGUGCUGGACGGCGAGGGGAAAAGGUCGUAUCUGCUGUGUCUGGACGCGAGGACGAUGACGGAGACGGGCAGGGCCGAGGCGGAUUUUGCGAUUGCCAUGGGGCUCCAUGGGUUGCAUGCGCCAGCCGCCUUCAUUACGCUACUUUUGACCGAAGCGCUUAGCUUUCAGCUCCAUGUGAAGCUAGUAUAUAAUAAAUCCGACAAAAUGAAGCCCGUUAUUGCCAUCCCAGCGACGCUGGCGCUCAUCGUCUUCGCGGCGGCGAGGCGGUCGCUAACGCCAAUGGGUCUCGUGGCCGCGACUGCGACGGCGGCCGCGCACGCAUACCAUCCCUGGAAUAUGCCCUUUGCACUUUUGGUUGCCUUUUUCCUGGCGGGAACGCGCGUUACAAAGAUCAAAAAGGAUAUCAAGGCGAAGCUUACGCUCAGUGCAGCUGGUGCAUCUGGGGCCGAAGGUCCCAGAACACAUGUUCAAGUCUUUGCCAACUCGCUCGUCGCAUCCAUCUUUUCGAUUCUACACGCGCGUCAGCUCCGUCAACGCGCCGCCGCCUACGCCGACCCCUCCGCUGCGAACCCUUCCGGCUCCAUGUGCUACUCGUACGGGGGCGACCUGCUCGUCGUGGGCAUCAUCGCCAACUACGCGGCCGUGGCUGCCGACACGUUCAGCUCGGAGCUGGGGAUUUUGUCGUCGGCGCAGCCGCGGCUCAUCACGUCGCUGGGCCUGCGUCGGGUGCCGCCAGGCACCAACGGCGGCGUGACGCUGCUGGGCCUCGGCGCGGGCCUGCUUGGCGCGGUGCUCAUGGUGACGGUGGGCUUUGUGUUCCUGCCGGCGUGCACCGAGGCGACGGCGGCAACGCUCGGCGGCGGCGCGCCAUGGACGCUCGGGGAGCGCCGCACAUUCCUGGGGUUCCUGGUCGCCUGCGGCUUCGCGGGCACGGUGCUGGACAGCGUGCUCGGCGCGCUGCUGCAGCGCUCCGUGAAAGAUGUCCGGUCGGGCAAGAUUGUGGAAGGCGAAGGGGGCACGCGCACCAUGGUGCAUGCUACGACGGCGGGUGACAGAAAAACGCAUACGGAUGACAAGGAGACGGUGCCUUUGUCGCCGACCAAGGGUUUUCCGUCGCGGGUGGUGGAGAGCGGGCUGGAUCUCCUGGACAACAAUGACGUCAACUUUUUGAUGGCUGUGACGAUCAGCGUCGGUGCCAUGUAUUUGGCGAGCUGGCACUGGGGCAUCCGGGUGGAGGAUUUGAUUAAGCCCUGA